UCUUGUUAACACGUGAGAUAUUCAGUGUAUAGAAGAGUGUGAAAGCGGGGGAAACCGGGAGACAGAGGGCUGCAAAAUUACGCGGAAGAGGGUUUGUGAGAGUGAGCCGGACUCGGAGGAAUCUGCGGAGGUCCUAAUGAGGGAAUGCCGAAAAGGAGAGCAGACAUACGGCCAGAGCACCAGACAUGAGUCCGAGAUAUCUGUUGUUGCAGGUGGCGGACUGAAGACGAUGCUGGGUGCCAUGGAAGUUCCAAGUCAUGCUAGGGAUCUCCUCCUGCAGCUCAACAGCCAACGAACCAAAGGCUUCCUGUGUGAUGUUAUCAUUGUGGUGCAGAACGCCCUCUUCAGAGCUCACAAGAACAUUCUGGCUGCCAGCAGCCUCUACUUGAAAUCGUUGGUGGUCCAUGACAAUCUCAUCAACCUCGACCACGAGAUGGUGAGUCCAGGGGUCUUCAGGGUCAUUCUGGACUACAUCUAUACCGGCCGCCUUAGUGAGGGGGACCCCACUUCUCCCACUGAACCCAAUCUAGGGGCUGUCUUGGCAGCAGCCAGCUACCUUCAGCUACUUGACUUAGUUGCUUUGUGCAAAAAGAAGCUGAAAAGAAAUGGCAAGUACCCUCCCCGCCCAGGUCCUGCAUUUCUGCCGUACCCAAAGAUGGGGCCCAACAGUAUGGGUUUAGGGAGUGGUGGCAGGUAUAGGAUUUCUACUCCUGUCAUUCAGUCCUGUCCUCCAGGAGGAAUUUUGAAUAGCCAUGCACCCCGGGCAUCACCACUAGAUGAGCUAGUUCCCCAUCGACUAGCCAUCCAUGCUGGAGAGCUGUAUGCUCCCACCUCCACCCAGGGCUCUCAGGUGUUCCCGUCCCUGCAGUCAGCUCUGCCUGCCCAGCUUGGGCGCCCAGGCCACUCUGAGAGGAACUGCUCCCCCAGCUACGGCCUUGAUCUCUCCAAGAAAAGCCCCAACUCCCAGUCUCAGCACACACCCUCUCAGUCCCAUCUGGCCAACAAUCACAAUGAUGAGGAGCGAGACGGGACUCUGAGUGGACGCAACAGUCCCAUGCAGGGGGCGAAUGGAAGGGCCUUCCCCUCAGACAAAAUGGAGACGAAUGACCAGGCAAGCUCCCUCACUCCUCCACCUUUCCCCCAUCUCAACCAGCCCCUUGGCCCACACCUCCCCCACCUUCAUCGCUCGGGCUCCCAGGGCAGAGAUCGCUACCCGUGCCCCCCCAGCCCUGACACCCCCACGGAAGGUGGAGAGGCAGGCAGAGAUAUGGGCAACAUCUACCGCUGGGUAAAACAUGAGCCACUGUCAUACACAGCUGAAGAUGAAGAUGAAGAUGAGGAUGAGGAGGAAGGGGGUGAAAAUGGUGAGCAGCAUCAUAACCACAAGGCCGGGGAGGAGAGUGAAGGAGCAGACGAUAAGAGCGGGUCAGGCACAGAGGAGACGGGCAGCAGCGAGGGACGCCCGUCCCCUUCUGGACCAAUGGGGAGGUUCCAUAUGCCGUAUGAGCCAGAGAGCUUCGGGGACAAUCUGUAUGUCUGCAUUCCCUGUGACAAAGGCUUCCCGAGCUCAGAGCAGCUCAAUGCACAUGUGGAGACACACACAGAAGAAGAGCUGUACGGCAACUCUGGUGGGGAGAUGGGAAACAGCAAUAACAGCAGCACCAAAAACCUGAGCAGUACUACAAAUGGUUAUGGGAGCCUGAACAGCAGCAACAGUUUGAACAGUCUGUCCCACCUGGAGACCAAGUCCAGCCAGGGGCUGGGUUCAGGUGGCAUUGCGGAAAUGAUCCGACCCUACCGCUGUUCCUCCUGCGAGAAGUCCUACAAAGAUCCAGCCACCUUGCGACAGCAUGAAAAGACCCACUGGCUGACCCGACCUUACCCCUGCAGCAUCUGUGGCAAGAAGUUCACACAGCGGGGCACCAUGACGCGCCACAUGCGUAGCCACCUGGGCCUCAAACCUUUUGCCUGCGACUCCUGUGGCAUGCGCUUCACUCGUCAGUAUCGCCUCACUGAGCACAUGCGCAUCCACUCAGGAGAAAAGCCCUAUGAAUGUCAGGUGUGCGGAGGAAAGUUCGCUCAGCAGCGCAACCUCAUCAGCCACAUGAAGAUGCACAGCAGCGGAGGGACUGCAGGGGGCCUGACCACAGACGGGAAACUGAAGCUGGACUUUGCUGAGGGCAUCUAUCCUCUGAGUAAAUAUGCAGCAGAGCAUCUGGGGCUGAAGCAGGAGAAGGCCAAUGAGCUUCUCAUCCAAGCCCAGCAGCAACUGGUAGCUGAUGCAAAAGUCAUGGAGAGCCUCUACCCGCUGUCCAAACUGGCCUCGGAGCACUUGGGCCUCUCCCACGACAAGAUGGAUGUCCUGGGCCAAGCCCUCCCCCCUCCCCAACAGACCCUCUCUGAAGGCCGUACCAUUGACCGCUACUCACCCAGCUAAGACCACAGGACCUGUAUAAAUGGCAAUCACCAAUAGGUCUGUGUGCACACACACAACUUGCAGUAUUCUAAAGCCAUUCACCUCAACUCAAUAUCUCCUCUGCACCUCAGACACAGGCCAAGAGGAAUUGGUCUGCUCAUGCACACCAAAAUGUGUCGACUGUAAGUGCCUUCCUAUGCAUGUAAUGUAUCAUACAGUCCUCCUUUAUAAAGGAGCAAUGUGCUAUACCAUGACCAAGAGACACUCAUUCAAAGAAGUACAGUAUUUAUGUACAGUGAAUGCAAACAAAAAAAAAUUACAGCCAUUGAGCCAAAGUGACAAAUUGAAAACCAAAAUGAAAUCGUUUUAUUUAUUUUUGUAUUAUGGUGAAAUCCAAAGAGAAACUGUUGCAAGGAAACGUUGCAAUCUGACCCUAAACCUGUGUACUUUUAAAUAUCUGUGUACAAAAAAAAAUGAAAAAGCACAUAAGGACAAGAUUCAGGGUUUCGGUCCAGACCUGAGCGGAACUUUUACCAAAUGAAUAAGCCAACUCUUCUGGACUUUAAAGUGAUGGGAGGAUUUUUUUUUCUUCUUCUUUUUUUGGGGGUACUGGACAAUUUAUGUAUCUCACACUCCAGCUUCUCCAAGUCAUGUUCCUGCUUCCCAAGUUGCAAGGAAAUGACUGAACAAUAAGAGCAAAUGCCUCAGCAUUUUGGUAAAGUCUCCUCUGUUUUAUUUUCUCCACAUUUUUAAAAAGUAACCCACUCCCCUGCAUAUUUGUGUGGAUGAAGACUCAUGCUAUGUGACAGUAAUGAUAGCCUAAUCAGCCUUACACUCAGUGUGUAACCCUUCUUGAGCUAAAACUUCCUUUGCAUUUUGACUAACAUCCCUUAGCUUUCAGUUGUUAUUGAGAUGCAGUAAGCACAGCCCUGUGAUCUCAGAACUGGGACAUGAUUGCACAUACCCAACUGAUGACACACUAAUCCCUGCUCAUGAUGAGCAUAAGCUUCAGCUCAUGGUGUAGACGCAGCAUGGGCGUUGCCUCUGACAUUGUGUAAUAUUUACAAUUAUGGAUGCAGCCGAGCAGAAAGGCAGGGACCAGGUCACAAUUAAUGGCACAGAAAUCUGUCAUUUACUGUCAAGAGAAAUUACUCCAUUCACAGCAGCGUAAUGAUGAAACGUGAAGCCGCAGUAGUCAGACCCCCGCGUAGACGCUCCACUGUCCGACCUUUCAUUUGACCUCCCUCCCCUGUAGUCUGUUGUCUGGGAGCCCUGCUACUGUUGACAGGCCAAAAGAGAGUCUCAGCCCUUUGCCUUAAAAGUGCUCCACUCCACUCACCACACACAUAUACACAGCCCCCCCCCUUCCACACACACAUAGCGAGCUGCUAAUCUGUCUGUGAUAUGAACACAAGAAGGGGUUUGUGGGUCUUCCCUGGGAGCCAGCGGGUGAACAGCACAACCCAGCUGCUGUGCCUCAGUAAUCCCUGUGAAAUCUCACUUUCUCCUGGACAAUUCCCACUGCUCGCCGGCAUGAUGUCCCAUUUCAUGCCUGCCAUCUUACCCCUCUGAUCCACUUAUUAACAUCAGCCUAGCAAAUGUCUCCCGGCGUCGCCUCCCUUUCCCCGCUGGUAUCAAAGGCGGAAACAAAGAAUGACAUUUUUCUGUGUUGGCUGACCAGCAGUUCCUCCAGCUUGAAAACAAAAGAGCACUUAAAGGUUGCGGGUUGACGGCACAUUUUUGUCUUAAAAAAUGUUUAUUCCAAAGAACAUGCUGGCCUUCUCUCUUUUUUUUUCCUUUUCCACUUUUACUGGUCCUUCAGAUUAGACAUGUCUGACCACUAUAGUGCCAAUGCCAACCUCAGUGGGUGAAUGUGAAUACUAAAGCCAUAAAUACACUGUGAUAGACGUAGUGAAUCUUAAAGGCUUAAAAAACAGAGACAAUGUGCCUGACUUUUGGGAUUGUUUUUUUUUUUUCUUUAAUGUAACAAUAAUUUAAGGGCUUCUUCUCUGUAGCAUAUGAUCAUAUCAAACAUGUUGUUUUCUGUCACUUAACUUUUCUUUAUUUUGAUUUGAACUGAAAGCAGCGCACGUGAAACUGGUGCUUACCUCAGGACUGAACCCAGCAUGGGGACGCUAAGCUUUACUAAACCUUCGGAUUACAUCACUCACACACACACACACACAUACACUUACACAUACUUUUUUUAUUUUCUUAUUAACAGGGCAGUUGUCCUGUGUUAAACCUGUGGUUAUUUCUGUUUAUACAUUUCUUGUUACAGUUUUAUGGUGGAGAGAUAACAUGUGAUAUUAACAUUUUCUUUUUGUUUGUUUUUAUUUUUUACUAUGCGGUAUACAUUUUCUAUUGUUGUCCUCAAAGAGGCUUGUGUAGGUCUGACCAAUUCCAUUGUUGUAACAUGAGGCAAAGUCAUUUUGGUAGUAUCUUAACUGGCUGUUUGUGAAUUUCUGAACCACACUUUAGCGAGCAUCAUUGCAUAGAUCUCUGGUUUCAACCACACAUAGAGGCCUAGGUGACGAGUGCAGCGUUUUGAAAUGCCUCCACAAGACUUGAUGUAUUCACAGUAUUUCCCUAAACAGAUGAGCAGUGGCUGUGCAGGGCAAGUAGGAAAACUUGCCUCAUAUUGUUUGACCCCUUUUCUCCAGAGGUCAGUGAACUUUCAAUGACGAGAGUCAGACUGAGGUCGUACAUGCACACAAACACAGCUUGCUUUGGAUGAUGCUUCAAGUUUUGGGACUCUGUUACGAAAAAGUAAGCUUACAUGAAACAUUACAAGCAGCGGUCCACAGGCAUGUGCAUACGUGUUAAAAAUGUAGGAACAGGCGGAUGUCAGUCGUGGGAAUUUUAGUCCCUUUACUCCUUCUCGUUCACUAGCUUAAAUAAAAAUCUGCAUCCUCCUUUUCUCUGCCUUACACCAUUAAAAUAACACAAAGUGUUUCCACUGUCACUCCAAAUCUGUGCAGGAGGGAAGAGCAAGAUAAUGGCUGAACAUUUCUGUCGGCUGUGCACUGUUUGAAAUUUGCUUGAUUGCAUUAAUGUGUAUGACAGACAGAGGGGGAGGGCCGCGUUUCUAUAGAGAGGGGAAGCGCUUGCUUGUCUGUUUGUAUGUCCCCCUGCCAUUUGAGCGUAUGAAGGGCCGUUAAUGCAUGUCCUGGGAAUAGGGUCGGUGUGAAGGAGAAGAGCUGAGGAGCAGGAAGUGAACUUUUGGCUGGUGUGUUGUGUGGAGCAGGAUGUGCCGUGUGUUUCUGCUCAGGGGCAGAUAGAGAGACGGAGAAUGGGGAGGGAGAGGAGCAGGGAGAGCGCAGCAGGGUGGAUGCAAGCCAUUGUCUCAGUAUGAAAGCCUGUUCGUACUUCUAAAACUCUCCAUUCAGAAAACAAGUAGACUGUAUCUUCUCUUUUCCUUCCCGUUUUUGCUCUUUGGGAAUAGACCCCUGCUCAGUAUCAUGGCCAUAUGAUAUCAUGGGCUUUCAAGGGCUGCGUGGCGAGGAAGCCAUUCAGACAUUUUGUUACAAUUUGAGAAUGUUGUGGAUACAUUUUUGGGCAUCAUUUUGGUCACAGGAAUUCACUGGGAUAUUUUUUUCCACAUUAUGUCAUAGUUUUAACUUUUUAAAAUAAAUUAGGGCAGGGCUGAUCGAAGUGAAGGGCCUAGAAACUGUAAUGUAAAUCACAAUUAAAAAAACUGGCAGUAUUUUUAUUGCUCUGUGGUCGAUUCAAUUAGUAAAAUUACAAAAGUCUUGUUUCAAUUUACUGGUGUAGCCACUCGCCCCAUGGGGUUUCAUGCCAUAUGUCUUUGUUAAUGUUAUUUAUACGACACACCAACCCAGAAAACCUCUCACUGCCACCAAAGUGGUUUAGAUGAAGAUGUUUUGAAGGGCAUUUAAAACAAUUUAUUAGUUACACUAAUUGAUGUAAUGGAAUUGACUGAAUGCAAAUUUUAACAAGUGCAGUAAGAUACACCGCCAGCUAUGAGAUGUGGAUUGAUCAUUUGAUUUUAUUUUAUUUUUUAGGCCUCUUCAUUCCUUUCUAAUGUUGUUAUGGCAACCAUCCCAGGCCCGUAACUUUUAUAACACUAACAAUAUAGAAGUAAAAACUGUCUGGAUGAGUUCCAGUGGCCCCUUGGAGACCAAAAAAGGGUUUAGGUUUAAUGUUAAAAAAUGCAAAGUAUGCCUUUAAGCUUUCUACCAGCGGUAGCAGGCCGAGGUCACCUAUGUGACUCUGACAGGCUGCACAGUCCUGAUCUGCGAUCGUACCGCUGUCUGACAUUUAUUGUAUUUCGCGAUGUGUGCCAAAAGGACUGAAGCACUUAGCAGACAUCGCAGAUGCUCAAAACAAAACUCAGCGACAAAUCUUUGUAGUUUCCACGGGUUGCACUGUCGAGCUAAGCUUCUGACCAACUUUGACUUUGCCUUGUUAUGAAAGCCAUUAUCUGUGUGGCUGAUCUUGAGAGCACAGAGCAGACAUGCCACUAUUGUCCUGUGUACAUAUUUCUUUUUAUGAGGACUUGUGUUUAAAUGUAAGCUAGAGCCAAAUAAUAUCAAUAAUCAAGCCUUGUUUUGGCGCUGAAACCUAAAACUGACUCUUAAGUCAACCAAUACAAAUGUGCCUUCAAUAUAAGCAUUGAUAACUCUGCAAUAACUUGUAUGCGUGUGUGUGUGUAGGUGUGUACAUGGUGCACCUGUCCAUCUAUGUGUCUGAACGCCUUUCCCACAGUGUCGCAGGGUGAAGUACAAGACAGAGAUUUGACACUUUCAAGAGUCUUUAUUACAAGCAGCUGCUUUAGAUUUAUUUCCCCGAACUGCACUUUUCUGGAAAAAUCAUUCUAUUGUGAUUUUUUAUUACUCUUAUGAUCCCCUAGAAGUCCCACAAUUGCCUUUCCUCUGGCACUUCGCUUUCCUCCUCUUCCUCCCUCCAGUGCAGAGCUUGGCCACGCUCGCUCACUGCUCCUUGUUACCUCGCAGCACAACUUCCCUGCUCACCUCUCUCUGUCCCUUCUCUCUCCUUACACUCAACACAAACCGCUGACCCACAGCGCCCGCUGCCUCCCCUCCUCUCCCGUGAUCCACUUACUUCCAGCUGUUUUUCAUGCUGAAGAAGACAGUUGUCUAAAUGUUUAUGUGAAGAGCUACUUUCUUUUUCUUUAAGCCCUGAUCAAUUUCCAAAAUGAACUUUGUGGCAUGUGUUAAAAUACAGCAGAUGACGGGCCAAAUAAAAAAAGUCUGACAUCGUUAUUGUAUUCUGAUCCUCAAGCCAAGAAACGGCUUACAAAGGGAGAUUAAAGACAGCAUAUCGUUGUAGAGGAAAUGCAGAAUAAUGUGAGGGGAAAUGUUCAGGGGAAAAUAUGCUCAGAAAGAUGCCAGUAAAGUAAACAUGUAUGAAAUUGCACAAUUGAGCCGGGCCUCGGCUGCACCAGCCAAGUCAUGCACUGAGAUGGAGAGAACCAGUAAGGGAGGAAAGAAGCAGAGAGAAAAAUAGCUUGUGCUUGAUAGCCAUAACCUUCAGUAAAUUACAAAGAAAAGCUGGUUGCUUUGAGAGUCUCUUCACCUUUUUUCCCCACUUUGUUCAUUUCAUUUCCCUUUUUUUUUUUAAGGAAAUUAUCUUGUGAGGAAAUGACGUUUUUUGAUUUCUCAUUGUUGGUUGCUGCAGGUCAUUGUCAAGGUUUUUUUUUUUUUAAUGUUAAUUUUGAUGUCAGUGUGCCCUCUAAGAUGUCAUCCUUUUUCCAGACCUAACAAUUAUCACCCAAUCAGCACACGACCCACAGUAGGCUCUUUGUAGUUGAAUAGGGGAAGGGGGUUCUGGCUGCUCGUGUCGUCCUCCAUCUGUUUAGCUUGGCUCUCUGCUUCUGCCUCUACCUUGAACACAUACAAGACAGACUAAGUGGACUUUGGCUUGAAUCUUUUCGUUUACAGUGUACAACCUCUGCUCCAGAAGUUUAAAUGCAAAGACAAACAAAGAGCAAGGACAAAACAAGCAGGAAUUUGGAAGAGCGAAAGUUGGUCAAGGAGAUUCGAUUGUAUAUCUCACACAUACACACACACAGAUGCGGACACACACUUACACACACACAGCUGGAUGGCAGACCGCUGCUCCAGAUUAGGUCAGAUUUAAUUAGGUUUCCCUGCUCCGUUUGGAGUGUCGCUUCUUGUAGAAAAAGCCAUUAUUAAAAAAAAAAAGGUGAUUCCACCCAACACACACUAAAACCUGUGCCAAAAUGUUACAGAGCCUCAGGGUCCUCACUCACACACACAUGCACUCAAAGACGCACACACGCAAAAACAUCUAUCCUGGUUUUGGAAAACGGCUAUGUGUAGAAAUGAUGGAUUAAGAUCUAAUGAAGAUUGCUGUGACGUUUCGAGGUGGUUGUACCCGAGUGGUUGUGGUUCACGGAUAAGAAAGUUCAGCAGACUGCCACGCAGACAGUAGUAGCUGCGGAUAGAUGAAAAAAAAAAAACAUGACAGAAUACAUACAUCACAAAUUUACAAUGGAAAUGAGAUUUUUCAGUGGAAGACGGGAUCUUAUUUCAGCAGGCAUGAAGCAGACGUCCAUCAAUAAAACCCAGUGCUUUGUUUUGUGGUUACAAAAACAAUCAAAAGCAAUACAUAAAACCAAACAGUAUUUCUUUCUUUUUUUUUUCUUUUUUUUUUUGCAUUUUCUGCAUUUUAAUGUCAGUAUUGAUCUUACUUUGCUUUAGUGAAAUGAAUGUAUUUAUUGCAUGUCAAAAUGUUUUAUAGUUAAUUUGUGUAAAUUUCAAUUGUGGGUUUUUAUAAUAAUUUCAUUUAAUUAUGGUGUCUUGAUACAAUCAUGUUGAUAAGGCUUUUAUUUUUUUUAAAAGCCAAUGUGAAAAAUGUCAUGUUUGUUUUGUUUGUUACUAUACUCCAAAUCAACUUGGCAAUAAAGUGAAUUGCAUAACG